AGCUAUGGAAGCACCAGUGAUCAUACUCUUAUCUGUUGGAUCAAUAUUUAAUAUUAGCACGUUUAUUUCCUUUCCUAACAACUACCACAUCAAAAGUCAAAGGCCAAAAACACAAGAUCAAUGUUUUGUUUUGUGAACCCAGAAAGUUGAUAAAAAUGAAGCACAUGAGUCAUAAUCAGAAUAGAUAGAUAGAUAGUUAGUUUAUCACUACUGUUUUUCAAUAAAUAUAGUUGAAGUUGUGAUGGCAACAAUGGGAAGUGAAGCAUGGAAGGCCCAUUUGGGCAUGGCAGUUGUACAGCUAUUCAAUGGUGGCUACCAUGUCAUUACUAAGGUGGCCCUUAAUGCUGGAGUCAACCAAUUAGUCUUCUGCUUCUAUAGGGAUCUCCUUGCUCUCUUUGCUCUUUCUCCCAUCGCUUUCUUCCAUGAAAGACAGACAAGGCCACCCAUUACUAAGCAGCUAUUGAUGUCAUUCUUCUUUCUUGGAUUAACCGGGAUAUUUGGCAACCAGCUGUUGUUUCUUAUUGGUUUAGGUUAUACAAAUCCAACUUAUGCAGCUGCCUUACAGCCUGCUGUUCCAGUCUUUACCUUUCUGCUUGCUGUGAUCAUGCGUGUAGAAAGAGUGAAUUUGCAGAGUAUUGAAGGUCUGACAAAGGUUGGAGGGACUCUUAUAUGUGUUUCAGGUGCCAUAUUUAUGGUUUUGUAUCGUGGUCCAUCGGUGAUAGGAUAUACCGAACCAGUCAUUAUACCACAGAAUGAAAUAAUCGUCAGUGGUCAGCCAGAGCCUUCUGCAUGGUUGAUUACUGGUUUACAGAAUCUUGGAUUGGAUAAUUUUGAACUUGGAGUUGUGUUCUUGAUAGGCAACUGCACGUGCAUGGCUGCUUUCUUAGCGAUUCAGGCACCGGUACUAAAAAAGUAUCCUGCAAAUCUAUCUGUGACAGCAUAUUCAUUCUUCUUUGGAGUUGUACUAAUGGCGAUAGUCUCGUUAUUCAUGACUGAUUUGUCAAGUGAUUGGAUUUUGACAGAAUCAGAAAUACUUGCUGUUGUUUAUGCUGGAAUUAUUACAUCUGCAUUUAGUUAUGGAGUCAUCAGUUGGAGCAACAAGAUAUUAGGGCCAACUCUGGUUGCCCUUUACGUUCCACUUCAACCCGCAUUUGCUGCCAUAUUGUCUCAGAUAUUCCUUGGAAGUCCAAUUUACUUGGGAAGUAUCAUAGGGGGGUGUUUGAUCAUUGCUGGUCUGUAUACUGUUACCUGGACAUCUUAUAAAGAAAGGCGGGCAAUUGUUGGAAUUACUUCUCAUGUCUCUGGGACCUCUGAACCACUUAUUAUUCAGGAAAAAAGUGCACACCAUAGAGGUGAUAUAUUUCCAGGGUCCUCCAGGUCCCCAAACCCAAAAUCAUAUGAUUGAAAGAUGUAUCAUAGAAUGUCGAUAAAGGACAGCCUAGUGCAUGAGGCUUCCACCAUGUGGAGUAUUUAAAAGUAAAUGUACACUGUCUUAUCUCUGCAAGCGGAUAAGUUGUUUUUAUGAUUUGGACAUGUGACUUCUAGAUCACAGGACACCAACCUAAUCAUUGUGCAACGACUUGCGGCCCUCUAAAUCAUAAAAUGUAAAUGCCUUGUAAAAGAUUGGUUAUGUGAGUGUGUUUCUUUAACCCAGCAAUCUGUGUUGAAUGUUGUCUUAGAACAAAUUGUCAAUGUUAAUUUUAAAAUGCAGUUUAUUUUUGAGGUUAUUGAAUGCAAUGUUACAGGCUACCUAGAGGAACCAGCUUGUAUCCUCAUCAUGUGUAGCUCUAUCUGAUUUUCAA